AUGAAGCUGACCGUCUUCUCCGUACUCUUCACCAUCGCCUUCUUGUCUGAUGGCAACAUAAAAUCAGAGGCACUUCCACUGGAGAACAUUGAAGACAUAGACCUCAUCCAAGACUCUACUGGAGAAGGACUGGCUGAGAACACAGUGGGUUCCGGACCAGGCGUUUCUAAAAUCAUCAUGGUGGCAGACGCCGACCUGCUGCUGAGAGCACUGAAGCCUCUGGAAAGGAAAAUUCCCGAGAGGAUCCUGAGUCCCGAACGCAAAGAUGGAAGCCCAGAUCUCAGCCCAGGUAUCUCCAUCAUCAGGAGGGACACCAAGCUGUGCAUGUUGGGAAGGGUGUACCGACCAUGCUGGGACAUCUAG